GGCGCACCAGUGAGGAGGCUUGGUGGAGGAGAGGAGCUCCAGCUGCUGCGUUGAAACGAUCAUGUCUCAUCUCUCUGAGUAAAUCCCUCUGGCAGUGAGAUGAUCGUCCCCAGUAAAGACGAGGACUUCAAUCCUGCAGCCCUGUGACCUGUGUUCUCUGACCUUUGACCUCAUGUCCCCGCAGACUAUUGAUGUUUUAAACCAUCUGAGCAGAGUUUCAACAUGGAGGACAACCUGAUGGACUUGGAGCAGCCGUCAGAGUCCAUGUCUCUGUGUGUUGAAGCAGAUCAGCCCCAAGGACACUUGGACAUUUUCUCACCUGACCCGUCCGUGGUGGUCCAUCAGGCGCCAGUCCUGCCUGAACCCAUGGUACCCACCAGGCCCGGAUCCCAUUGUCCUCGCUCAGAGGAGGGGGAUGACAGCGAUGCCACGGAGUCGGCGGACAGCGAGAACGACAUGGACCCCCUGUCUCAUGGGUGGAAACUGAGGCGGUCCUCGUCUUCGUCCGCUCACAGCGAUGAGGACGUGGACGCCGAGGCGAUGAAGAGGAGGAGGUUCAUGAAGGCUUAUGUGGAGAAGGUUUUCCAUGGAAGGGAGGACUUCGACCAGGAAGAGAAGGCGAAGUUUGGAGAGCUGUGCAGCGGAGAGAACGGGAAGGGCAGGGAGUGGUUCGCUAAAUACGUCAGCGCCCAGCGCUGCCACUCCAAAUGUGUGAGCGAAGCCACCUUCUACCGGCUGGUGCAGUCGUUUGCUGUGGUUCUGUUUGAGUGUUAUCAGAUGGACGACUACAGUCCGGCCAAAAACCUCAUGACCAUGUGCUUCACCUACUACUACAUGGGAAAGUUCCAACCGUCUCCCUCUGAGCUGCUGGAUCGAGGCGGUCCACCAGCUGGUCUGGACUCGUAUCUCAACAAGGCCAACUCCUGGCUGUCAGGGAAGAAGGACGCAGCGGAACGUCUCCUUAAAACCACCUCAAAAACUGACGUCAAAGGCUUCUUUGGAGGUUUGGAGAGCAAGCUGAGAAGCUCUAUGGCUCCCAGAGAAGGCCCAGCUGAGACAAAGCCCAAAUCACCAGUGUUAGAGGCUCCAGAAGAAAAGAAAGGAGACAAGGUGUACCUGUACACUCACCUGAAGCAGCAGCCCAUCUGGCACACGUUGAGAUUCUGGAAUGCUGCGUUUUUCGACGCCGUCCACUGCGAGAGGAAGAAGCGAUCUCCGACCACGAGUGGAGCGCAGGAAGAAGAGAAAGGAGCGAGGGAGCGGUGGUGUCACAUGACCCAGCAGGAGAGGGACGACCGCUCCAAAAUCGACGAGAACAUCGCCUUCGGUCUGCUGGGGACGUUCACCCACAACAUGCUGGCCUUCGGCCUCAGCACGAAGCUCUGCAACGACUUCCUGAAGAAGCAGGCCGUCAUCGGGAACCUAAACGAAGAACAAUACAAGCUGCUGAGCGAGCACAUCGACAAGAUGGCUGCAGAGUGAGCUUCAGGACGGACUUCCUGUCUCUCUCCUCCGCCCUGUUGCUGCGUUCAUGCCAUGUCGUGCUGAAAACACGUCGCCUGCUGAGAUGAGCUCCGUCCGUCCUCGCCCUGCCCGACUCGAGCAAUAAAACACCCGGAUCACCCGAGCCUGAAGCAGCCCCUCAUAAACGAUGAUUCUGACACUUCCUGUGCCGCGUCUGACAAGAAUCCUGCAAUCUGAGGGCGCUACAGAAACUGACUCAUCAUGUUUGAUAUUUACAGCUCCAUGUCUCUUAAUGCUGACUCAGACUGACACCACCCUUUAUUUAUGCACGUUUUUAUCAAGAAGUAGUCUGCAUACACACCCCCCCCCCCCCAAGUGCCUUCCACAGUUGUUUUCCUCCACUGAGCACCUUCUCCAUGCUCUGCUGUAAACUGUUGUUGUUGUUUUUGUUGUUCCUUGUCUGGCCACCAGGAGGCACUGUGGCGUUUCUCUUUCACUGACUCGUCUGUAAACUCGUUUGUUGUUGUUGUUGUUGUUGUUGUUGUUGUUGUUGUUGUUGUUGUGAGUCAGUGAUUGUAGAAACUUUAGUUGUCAUUUAACUGUCAGACUGUAGCUGUGACACCCCCCCCCCCCCCCCCCCCCCCC